AGUGUCAAGAAUGUACGAAGCACGGCGCUGCUGUACAUACAUUUGCGUUACGGUUAUAAUCGGGCAUAACAAUAACAGCAAAAACACUAAUAUGAAUUCUGCGAGCAAGGUGGGCGAGAUCUUUGCCGCAGCUGGAGUGGCCUUCAACAAGCUAGGCGAGCUCACGAUGCAGCUCCAUCCCACAUCAGAUUCCCUAGCAGGUAAAUGGGCUGACGAGGAUAUUGAGAUGCUCCGUCAGUCGGUCAGGGUCUUCAGCGAAGAGUUGAGCAGAAUAAGCGAGCACAUCAAGAGUCGGACGGUCUCCCAGAUUCGGACCACCCUGAAGAAGAAGGCGUUCGAGGAGGCGGGGAUGACGGUCAGGCAGCAGCAGAUUCUACCUCAGCCGGCGCAGCAGACCACAUUAGUCCAGCAGCAGCAGGUAGUUGCGAAGCAGCAAUCGACGUCGGGUAACCAGGGUCUCAUGGGAAAAUCGGCGGAGGUCACGCUGAACAUGCUGAACGCGCCCGAGACGGAGGUCGACGUCGAGGGACUUCCCGAGGAAUGUCAAGUGAAGCUCGAGUUUGAAGAGGGCGCGACCGAAGAAGUCACUGGUUAAGCUAGUUUUUAUUUGUUUUCAUAAGUUAAGUAAGAUAAAUGACUACAAAGCUGGUGAUACCAUCUUCAUUUUCUAAUCAUCUAAUUGUUCAUUGAAUAUUCGAAUUUUAACUAGUUUUAAGCAGUCUCACGUAAACUCAUAAGUUACCUUUUUGAAAUAAAUGUGUGAAAAUCUA